AUGGCUACUGCUCAACCCACUCCCUUUGGGAAACCAAUGUUGAAACAUUGGCUCUUCGAUCCUUCAUACAAGAAUCUCAACCACGGUUCUUUCGGCGCACACCCAGCGCCUAUCCGCGAUGCACAACGUGCAUUCUUAGACAUCGCAGACCUGCGACCGGAUCCCUAUAUCCGAAAGCAACACACAAAGCUUCUCGAAAAAGCACGCCAGGGCGUGGCGACGAUCAUCAAUGCGCCCAAAGACGAAUGUGUCUUUGUGAAAAAUGCCACAACAGGCGUUGCGACCGUCCUAUAUAAUCUAAACUUCCAACCCAACGAAGCGCUCAUCUAUUUCGAACCCGUCUACGGAGCCGUGGAGAAAGGCAUCGUCUCCAUGCAAGAGCACAGCCCCUUCAAGGCCCGAAAAGUGAACUUUCACUAUCCCAUCACUCAGGACGAACUUGAACGCCGCUUUCGUGAAACGGUCACUCGCGCUCGAGCCGAAGGGCUGACCGUCCGCGCUGCGGUCUUCGAUGCUAUCGUCAGUAAUCCGGGUGUCCGCUUCCCCUUUGAAAAGUUCGUCGCCAUUUGUCGCGAAGAAGGUAUUCUGAGCGUGAUUGACGGUGCCCAUGGUAUUGGACAAAUUCCGCUAGACAUGAGUGUCCUUCAGCCUGACUUUUUGACCUCGAAUUGCCAUAAAUGGCUCUAUACCCCCCGCAGCGCAGCCGUUCUCUACAUCCCCAAGCGUAAUCAACAUUUCAUGCGCAGCACCCUCCCAACAUCAUGGGGAUUCAUCCCUGCAGCCGGCUCGGCCGAAACAAUCGCAUCAGUCCUCCAAGAUCCAACCGCUGCGAAAACCCAAACUCCCUUCGAAGAGCUCUUCGAGUUCGUCGCUACCAGCGACGACUCCGCCUAUAUCUGCGUCGAAGCCGCCCUGAAGUUCCGCAAGGAAGUAUGCGGUGGCGAAGAGGCCAUCAUGGCGUACUGUCAAAAGGUUGCCAAUGAAGGCGCGGACGCUAUCGCUUCGAUUCUCGGCACAGAAGUGCUUCAGGAGCCGGGCUUGAAGGCAGGGGAGAAGAGUAUGAUGCGUGCUUGUGCGUUGACGACAGUUCGUCUGCCUAUUGCUGUGGCGGAUCAGCCAGCUGAUUCCAUGGCCUCGGGGGCUCUCGUUACUUUGUCGUCGUCGGAGGCGUCUCGUGCUUUUGCGUUCAUUCAGCGCACUUUGAUUGAGAAGUAUGAUACCUUUGUGCCUACUUUUCAACAUGGGCCGUGGCUGUGGACGCGAUUGAGUGGGCAGAUUUAUGUGGAAAAGAGCGAUUUCGAGUGGCUGGGUGGUAUCCUGCGUGAAUUGUGUGAACAGAUUGCUCGAAACGAGUAUUAG